GACUGCUACGGUUUUGCGGCAAGUCAGUUUCGUAUAGUGAAUUGUGAUUUGAUAAAUAUUCAUUAUCUGUACAUAUUCAAUAUAGUGCUGUUUCUUAUAAAUAAGUCUCGUUCAAAGUGUCCGAUUGGAGAAAUGACGCAUGGUGUGUCAACCGUCACAAUGUUAAAGAUGAAAUAAACUGAUAUGAAUUGCCAUCAAAUUCUGAGUGGUGCCUGCAAUGCAGGCGAUCGCUGCUACGCUGUAGGCUCGGUCGAAGGAAUUUCGUUCACGGCGUACGCAGCUGGAUGUAAUAUAGUUAUUCUUGCCAGCAACUUUGAGAGAGUUCAGAUAAUACCAGGUGCAGUCCAUAACUACAUUCGCAUCAGUUGCCUCGACUGUAGUACCGAUACUGGGAAAAUAGCAGCAGCUUAUGAAAAUCAAGUCUGCAUAUUUGAGCCAACUCCUCUCAUCCACAGCACAUGUUCUCAUCAACUAGAAUACCGAUGGGUUCAGACCGGCAGUCUUCAGACGGAUUCUCACAUCAGUUCACUGUCAUGGAACUUGGAAGGGACCAGAAUAUUGACCGGUGGCGAACUAUUGCAGCUUUGGCACCAGAAUAUCCAGCCGUUUCAGGAAGAACAUGCUACCAGAGUAAAAAUACUGCAAAUGGAAGAAGUUGCGUUGACUGGAGGAGAUCCUAAUGUUAUCAGCUCUACUUCGCAGGAUUCUGGUGGUGGGGUAACGUUCUCCAUUGGCGGAGAGGUCGAAAGUCCAGGCAUUGGAGAUCCAGGAACAACAUCUGGCCAGGAACCGGGAACCUGGAACUGUGUAUGGAAAUGUCGCACCGCUACUCCGGUGCAUCUCAUGAGUUUCAGUCCAGAUGGAACACUGUUUGCCACUACCGGGCUUAACGAUAGACUAGUAAAAAUUUGGUUCGAGAAUAAACAAUUGUUUCCAACUCGAAGCGUGGACCAUUCGAACUUCAGUCAAACCACAGCAAAUGAGGCCAGUUAUACAUUUGUGUAUGUCGCUCAUCCCCGUGCUGUAACUCACCUCUCAUGGCGGAAGACAAGUAAAUACAUGCCAAAAGGCUCAGUGUCCAACAUGCUUGUGACGUCUUGCCGUGACAAUAUUUGCCGUGUUUGGGCAGAGACAAUACCACCUGAAAUAGAAGGAUUGGCAAACAUGAGCCAAUUCGAAGGCUCGGAUAGGCAUGGGCAUCACGGCAAACAUCGACAUCACAAUAUGCACAAACACCGAUUCAUGCAGAGGCUGAAACAUAUGAAAACUUGUUUCCAUAUCCGAAGACAUGCCAAGCAACAGCAUCAAGCUGGUCAUGCUGCUCCAACAUUACCUACUCUACCAUCAACGUAUUCGGUCCAUGAUUUUCACAACCAUUAUCAAGGCACAAAUCAUUACCCGGGAAUGCAUUUUCAUCUAGCAGCGAGCAUUAACGCGGAAACCGAUAUUCCUCUGGUACCGAGUCUCAUUACCGGAGACCCUGACCGUGAGCCAAACUUCAUUUUGCAUUGGCUAAACAACAAGGAAAUGCAUUUCACCAUGCAGGCAGAGGGCAUUUUGCAGGAACUCACCCGCAAAGUUGUUGAAAAAGAAGAAGGAUUACAGCAUGAAAAAGACCACGUGGAUCAUGAUUCAGAAGAUGAACAUACACCGAGGACCAUCUUAUCGUGUUAUGGUGUAAUACGCUCUACAGAAAAGGGAACACGUCACCAACACAACCAAAAAGCGGCAGUUGGCGGUAGAACGGCAAGCCAAGAAGAUCACAGUAGCGAGGAACAUCACACGACACACACAUCUUCUCACCAUAGUCAACCGCAAAGUGUACAUUCACACCAAAGUCUCAGCAAUACCACAUCUAUCAAUUCGAUAGCAACGGAUGCAACUUCAUCGAUGAAUCAUGCUCCAGAUUCCUUGGAUACAAAAAUAGAGAACCUCCUACGUGAUUGGCAUCACAAUCCCGACUUGUUGUUUUCAAUUCAUCCAAUCGAUGGUAGUUUUUUAAUAUGGCACAUUGAAUGGCUCGACGAAUAUCAUCCGGGAUCGUUUAGACAGGCACAAAUUUCUUUUUCUACGAGGAUACCUAACGCGUUUCCUCUUGGGGAUGCAUCGACCAUGAGCCACAACGUUUCCAUGUAUUCUCACAACACAGGUGGUCCUUUACUCAACAUUAGGGAGGUUGCAAAGUCCGCAACGAAGCCUGCUGAAUCUGCCGAGGUCACAACUCCACUGCCGAGCCUUAUCGAGCAGGACGAAGAGCAAUCUACGUUGACCUCAAAGGCUGGCCAGGAAUUAUUGAAAAGCGUUCAGACACUUGCUGAUCAAACCCAGAACGCAACCACUGCCCAGAAUGGACACACAGCAGAACACACUAAGACAGCUCAUGAAACUGUUACCGAAAUGUUAGCUCAUCCAAGUCCUAUAGUAUCAAUGGUGUCAAAACACUCGAACGGGACGCUCAAUUUGUGGCAGCUCACGUUCGCUGAUAGAACCAAGUUCUCACAGGUACUCAGCAUUGGCCAUGCCUGCAGAGCCUCUGGUCAUCGUUUUCGAGUGAACGAUAUCACUUGUCAUCCUGUGUUGCCAUUACUGGUAACUACCUCUCAUCAUAACAUGCCAGACUUCCCUACAGCUGAACCAUCAAUUCCUGGAUCUAUGAACGAUGUUGAGAACAAACCAGAUCACGGCCGAGGCAAAGAUGUUAUGUCACCCACUGGAUUUUGUAGCGAAUUGAUCCUUUGGCGAGUUGACGCUGUUGGCCCGCUGUCAAAGAGCGGAGGAGUUUCUGAGUUAGCUCGUAUCAAUUCACCAGAGAUAUCAGCUUUCAGUAAUGUUGCUUGGGUACCGACACUACUUCCAAGUACUACUUUAGGCAAUUUAUCUAAUUCGCCAAGUGCCUGCUUUGUCGCGAGUGACGGAGAGAGCCUCAGAGUUUAUCAGGCAGUUAUAGAUGCCAGAACAUUAUUGGCCGAAGUUUCCAUCAGUGAACGACGAAGCAGGAUGAUGGAUUCUAUGGCAAGUCUAUCGACUGAUACAUCCUCGGACGAUGGUCAACGACACUGGAUACACGAUAAAAUUAAAAUAGUAUCUCAGCAGUCUACAUCUAGACCAGGAUGUGUUAUCCGACUGGAUGCGAUCACCAAUGCUGCCCAUGAUUGGCAAAAUACCCAAUUUCUUCAUGUAUUCCAAGAACAAUUGAUUACCGGUGAACGAAAUGACGAAAAGUCACCAGGAAUAGAGACGUCUGCCAAUGAUUUAGGAUUCAUGGAAUCUACGUUAGAUGCCAUGGUAGAUUUACAGCAAUCGACAAUAUUUGAAGAGCCAUUUUACAUCGUAGUUCUGGAAAGAACUCAAAAUGGAACCACGGUACACAUGUGGAGACUCGUUAUUGCAUCGCAACCCGAAACGAGUGGCCUGACCGGAUCCAUGAUGUACGUACCCGAUUCCCACUUGGUCCAAGACGAAGAUGAGGAAGGGACGCCGGGUCGUAACUCUCAAUCCGAAGGCAAGAGAUCUCGUCGAACAAGUCAGACGGGCGGACGAAGUCAACGAGAAAGCCAGCAAGAGGAUUCAACAUUUCAUCACAGGCAUCAAAAUAGUCACGUUCUAAUUACAACUACCAAAGUGUGUACACAAGAAUUGCCCUUGCCUGAGGGCGUCGAAGUUGUACACGCAGCACCAGCCGCUGGUCACCUCAGUAGUUCUUCUAUCUAUCCAGCUUGCUUUGCACCUUACAUCGUCGUUACUGCGUGCAGUGAUAGUACGGUACGUUUCUGGAAAUGUAAAGUAACUAAAACAGCCAAAGACGAUACUCUGAGUUACGAAUGGUGCGAGUGGGAAAUGAUACGUAAGGAUCAAGAAUCGACAAUAGACAUUACUGGUCAGCCACUCAAUAUCAGCGCUGCCUACAGUGGAAGAAUUGCCUGUGCGUACAAAUACGGCAAAUCAUUUACUCGGCCGACAAAAAGCGACCCUGACUCUCGAUACGUGAACCUCUGCGUCGCGAUAUACGAAUGCGAGAGUACAGGAGGUAGUGAGUGGGUACUCGAGGAUACAAUACACUUGAAAAAUAUCCACUUACCCAGAAUUCAAGUCGAUCAACAUCUAGAUUUGAGCUACUUGUACGACAGCAGAUUUUUGCAGAAAAAACAAAGGCUAACGCAAGUUCUGCAGACUCUCAGCCACGAAGACGUACGAUCACCGCGUAAUGGGGAAAACGGAGACAGCACAAAAUCCGCGGCAGGAUUGUUAGCAGUUCCGUCGUUCAGCACUCUACAGUCUUUGCGUAAAUCGAUAAUAGAAAACGGCAACACUUGCCCACUGACUCAAAAACAUCUUGUUCAACUUGAUUGGGUUUCUAAAGAAGAUGGUUCGCACAUAUUGACCGUCGGGGUAGGCUCGAAAAUCAUGCUGUUCACGCCUGUAAGCUCUGAUCUUGCACAGGCUAAUAUGAAGGCCAUGAAGGAAUCGCAGCGCACGAACAGACCGAUAUUGAGGAAAAUGUCGUCUCUUGCUCAGCCGCAUUUUGUUGAUGAAAUUCGUUGGAUGAAGCUAAGAAAAAUUGAACUCACCACUGCAGACGGGCUCCCUCCUUUACCCAUGCAAAUAUCUUGGGUCAGAGAUGGCAUCCUAGUUGUGGGAAUGGAUUCUGAAAUGCAUGUUUAUUCCCAGUGGAAACCGAAUCCUCAAAACGAAUGCUUUCACUCAAAUUCGCAAAGUCAAGAAUCUGAUGAAUUCCAGGCAAGCAGGAAUCUGAGAGACGAAGAUCUCAGAACACUGGCCCAAGAGACUUCUCAGAGAAGGUUAGCUAAUGUUUCUUCCAUGCCACAUCUCUCGCGCGUCAGUAGUAUUAAUCUGACGAUGCUGGACGCGAAAAAAAAACGGGGAAUGCAAAACGAAAAUGUUACUUUCGAUUACAUGCCUGACUACGGAUUGUUCGAGGCAUCGAGAAUAGCUUGUCCGGUGCUUCCACAGUAUCACCCUAAACAAUUGAUGGAGUUGCUGAAUUCGGGAAAAAUCAGGUGGGUCAAGGCUAUUUUAGCACACCUAGUCAGGUGCAUAUCUAGCUCUUGUUCUUUGAGAGCCGAUGACGAAAACCUUGUUAAGCAGCGUGGCGGAUGGUCAAGGUCUAGGACAAUGUCGGUGAGCUUUGUUGGGACUACGUCUCCGUUGGAAUCCAGAGGAUCUACUACGCAAAUCCCAGAGGAAUUAACUCUUGACUACGCAGAGAUAACUUCCAUACCUCCAUUACCAUUGUGGACAUUACUGAUUGCCGAUAAAGAGACUAAUAUGAUACUUCAACAAAAUGAUGACAAACAAGAUUACAACAAACUCUUUGAUGGUAACCUAGAUGAAGAGGAAUCUUUGGAUGAUAUGUUGGAUGAGGAUUACGAACACACGCGGAAAAAUGAUCGGCGAUCUUCGGUCCCAGAAAGACCUGGCAUAUCUCUCUUUGGUCCGAGACAAGGGAGACUGCUGUCGCGGCUUUUGACACAUACCCAUUUACCUGGCCUAUCGAGUCUGGACCAAAUGCAUCUUCUCGCGUUAGCAGAUACAGUGUCUACUUGCAAUACGGAUUUUGCUGAACGUUUCGCCAUAGAUGCGGCAAAAAAUGCAAUAGCGAAGGAAAACCUGACCGGUAUUCCAGCAGGCGAAGACAUAUCCACAGAUUCGUUGGAUGACUGCGGCUUGCGCUUCCUUCUUGCAAUGAAACAUUACAAUUAUUUGAUACGCUGUCUUCCUUUAGCGCAAAGAGCUCAGUUUCAGAAACAGGGAGUCUCUACAAACAAUCUUGUAUGGGCUUUUCAUUCCGAGUCCGAAGAAGAACUUCUUGGACUUAUUCCAUCCUAUGCCAAAGGACAACCAAAAUGGUCGGUCCUCAAAGAACUUGGGGUAGGAUGGUGGAUCAAUAGUAAUACCACAUUAAAACGCUGCAUAGAAAAAGUAGCCAAGGCUGCCUUUCAACUGAGACAAGAUCCCCUCGACGCCGCUAUUUAUUAUCUGGCAAUGAAGAAAAAGAAUCUUGUUUGGGGUUUAUUUAGGAACCAGCGUAAUGAGAGAAUGACUGCUUUCUUCACUAACAAUUUUGCAGAUGAUCGAUGGAGGAAAGCUGCUUUGAAAAACGCUUUUGCUCUAUUGGGUAAACAGAGAUUUGAACAUGCAGCAGCAUUCUUUUUGCUCGCUGGGGCCCUUAGAGAUGCCAUAGAAGUCUGCUUGAAUAAAUUGAAUGACAUUCAAUUGGCAAUGGUCAUUGCAAGGCUUUACGAAGAUGACACAGCCCCCCCUAAUCUCAAGAGAUUACUCUAUGAGGAAAUUUUGGGAUGUGAUAAGGAGGGAAAUAAUGCCGAUAUACACAAGGCGCAUCCAGAUCCUUUCCUACGAAGCAUGGCUCUCUGGAUUCUCAAAGAUCACACCGGAUCUCUAAACACUCUUCUACUAACCAAUGUUGGAUCCAUGCAUCCCCAGUAUAACGAUGACUCUGAAAAAUCUGAGGGUACCACUGCUAAUCCAAAUGUAUUCAAUUUCUACGUGUACCUUCGCACGCACCCGCUAUUAAUUCGGCAGUAUAUUGCGUCAUCUGCGCAGGAUAAGAAAAAAGGUCACUCUGUUGUUAUAUCAGGAUUUAGUUACGGAGUUGAAAUGAAAACCCAGUCCGAUAAACAGCUGCUCCUGGAAGAUAGCAUCACACCACUUGAGAGACAGUUAUAUUUCACAACCGCACAUGCUCAUUUCAAGGCUGGAUGUCCGGCUCUCGCAUUGGAAGUUUUGUCAAAAUUACCAAAUAAAGUUAUGGAUACAAACAGCGACAAUCCUCCAAGCUUAAUGAACAGCCCGACCAAAUCAAAGCCUCUAGAUUUGCAGAUAGACACCGGAAUAUUGUCCUGGGAUACAGCUAUUCCAAACGCGGAAUCUCAAGCAUCAUCCAACUUUGAUUGGGGUGCGCCCACCAUGGAUUGGUCACAACAAGUUUCUAAGCAACCGGAGGACGAAUUGGUACUCAACUGGGAUGAUGGGGGGCCUGGGGAAGACGAAGAUGCUGACAGUCCCCCGAUGAGUAUGAAUUUGGAUAAAAGAGAAGUUCCCGAAGAGCAAACGAACAAAAAAGAGCAAGAAGAUCACAAGUCGAUGGGACAGUUGGAUAUAAUGGCGCAGCAACUCAAAUUCGUAGCUUGUCUAAAAAUUUUAAUGGAAGAAUUAUCUACCUUGGCAACUGGUUUCGAAGUCGAUGGUGGGCAGCUUCGCUACCAACUUUAUGUAUGGCUCGAACGUGAAGUUGAUGCUUUGCGGCAGCUGUGUAGCUACAGUAUUGGCCUUGAUGGAGAUGCAAUUAAUACCUCUGAAUAUGAGGGUGGCAUGAUGGAUGACGUGCCACCGUACCGACCAGGAGAACGUCCUACUUUACAUGAACUUCUAGUAGCUGAAAAACUUGACUUUGAGGCAAAAGUGCAGAGAGCCGCAAAGCGAAAAAAGUGGCUCAAAGCUAACGAAACCUUGUUGCGAACAUUAUUGUCAUAUUGUUCAUUGCACGGAGCAUCUGGGGGUGGAUUAGCCUCGGUAAGAAUGGAGUUGGUACUGCUUUUGCAGGAAUUACAACAAGAGAAAACUCAACAGCAGUUACUCAGCCCUUUGCCAUUCCCCACAACUUUGCCACUACUAAGUGCCAGCGUUGCUUGUAACAAGACUGUUGUCGCCGAUCCUGUGAGGCAUCUUCAGGCUCACGCACACGAUAUGCUGCAAACUAUAAUCGAAUUACGCUGCCCACCGAUGCCCACCCGAAAUACUCAUUACCGUGAGGUAUUUAUCUUAAGAGACUUGGCUGUGGCCCUCAGCGCAUGUAUUUAUCAAUCACUUUGUGAUUCGGACACGUUUGUCAUGAAGCAUCAUCAGCCAGAAAGUUUCACAACACAAGCAGAAAUAGAAACUUUCUCCGGUGGGCACUUAGUAGCAUCGAAUAGAAAUCAUCGGCGCUAUUCUACUGAUGACGGAGUGACAAUAACUACCUCUCCAUCGAAAUGGCCGGGAGUAACUAAUCUGCGAGCACUGUUAGCAAGAGAGAAAGACGAGGAUACUCCUAAGCUGAACAUCUUACUUUGUGAAGCCUUCGUAGCUACUUACAUGAGCUUGUUUGUCUAUGCCCUAUCUAGCUGUGAUAGCCAUAUCCUUUACAGACUCGUAGGACAAAAAUUCGAUCAAAGUACCUGGUCCUGCCUUUUCGGAGGUGGAGUUAAAAAGCUGUUGAGAGUAGCCAGCACUGCCAGUCAGAGCGGCGGUACGAGCAUGGAACGAGGCGAGAGUAUCUCUGGUGAAUCCCAAGCCGGUAGUAGCGCCGCUGGCGGCGUAUGGAAUACCAUGACAUCAUUAACAAAACAGAGAGUAAGGCUGAAUAUGAAAAUCUUGGGACAAUUUACAGGACAGCAGCCGAACAUGAAGGAAGAUAAACCAACUUACCGAGAACAGUUUGUCUCUCCAUUAAUGAGCAUGGUCUCCUACUUCCUUAUGAAGCCUCACAUAGAAGGGGGUGAUCCGGAUGAUAUCGAUUAUGACUCGGCCGACUCAGCUGUAUCUGAUCUCGACUCAUCCGAAGAUGAGGAGGAUGUGUUCGAUACAAAUGCCAAACCAAAGACGAAACCAAAGGACAAUACAGAACACACCAAUUCCAAUUCCUACAGUUGGUGUGUUAUGAGAUUAGCCAUAGUCAAAAUAUUGCAAAAUCAGUUGCAAGAGUAUUUAACGGUUGCCGGAAUAGAGAUGCAAGAGUUGCCAGUAAGCAGCCCUUUGAUUCACGGCACACUGGGCAUAGUCUCUCAGUGGCAAGACAGUCUGCGAGAGGAACUUGAAUCCAGAGGUCCUUCUCCUGCGAAUUAUAUUCCGGGAUGUGCCCCAGACCCGACACCGACGCCAGGACGCCCCGCGAUACACAAGUAUCGAUCUCUUCUCGAAAAAGGCAACACUCCGUUCAACGCGAGAAUGGCGUCAGCUGCACCAGUCAAUCGUCUGUGGUGUUAUUUAGUGCGGCAAGAAUCAGUGCAGGACAUUUUCAUCAGAGCAGUAUUUGGUAAGAGGAGGUCGCUAUCUUCUGUGAUUGAAAACAAUCAAUCAACCACUGAUGGUAUGAGCAGAGGUACAGGCGAAGACAAGGGCAGUGAUAGUGGAACAACCAGUCUUCCAGAGCCAGUCCGAAUAAUUCACAAGGAACAGGACAGUAUUAGCGCUUUCUGCUUAAACCAGGUGAAUCCUGGACUGAUGGCAAUGGCUACUCCUCGAGAAGUACAGGAAAUGGACAUUUCUUUGCUUUUAGAACUGCCAUCUUGGUUAGAAGAUGAGUGUGAAUUUGACAUCAUUAAUUUGAAUAAGCAGCCAGAGCCUGAGACGAUUCAACCGACUAGUUUUCUGGUUAUACAGACUGCAGCGGAUAGGCCACUUCUCGCCCAAAGUCCACAAAUGAACAGCCCCCAACCGCAGUCAGGAAUAGCAGGCCAGAGCGGACGAGGCGCUAGCGUGAUGAAGGGGAUGCCUGCUUUUCCUGGCUCCCACGACCUGCGCUUCUGUCAGUUUGUCGCUGAUAGGAGUAAACACUUGUUGAAGCCGGUUCUCAAGCACAAAAUAGACGGGAUCCGGCGCGUGUCUUCACAUCCGCUCUUACCUCUGUAUUUAACUGGAUCGCAAGACGGGUCGGUGUCUUUGUGGGAAUGGGGACACCAGUCUGCUGUGGCAACUCCACGACCGCCGGGUACGUUUGCUAAAGUCACCAGAGUUCGGUUUUCGCAGCAGGGAAAUAAGUUCGGAGUCGCGGAUUCGGACGGUCAUUUGAGCCUGUUUCAAGUUGCCUGUAGGGAGGGCACGGCGAGGCCGUUUUUCAACUACCAAUGCCACAGUAAAUUAACAGCCGACUUUGUUUUUCUCGGAGCUUGCAGUCUAGUGGCAACUGCAGGGCAUAGUUCCGAAAGCCGUAAUGUCGCAUUGUGGGACACAUUGCUCCCACAAAAUAAAUCACUAGUUCAAGGAUUCCAAUGCCAUGAUCAGGGUGCUAGCUCUGUGAUUUUAGCACCUCAACACCAACUAUUAAUUAGUGGUGGCAAAAAGGGUGAUGUAAAUAUAUUUGAUGUACGGCAAAGACAGCAACGUCAUCGAUUCCAGGCUCAUGAAUCUGCUGUAAAGUGCCUUGCACUAGAUCCCCAUGAAGAAUUCUUUGUUAGUGGAGCUGGCGACGGUGAUAUUAAGGUGUGGGGCCUUACCGUCCAUUCUCUGCUCUAUUUUUUCCCUGGUGAACAUGCCAGAUCAAGCUUCUUCAAAAAUAUUGGCCAGGGUGUCACUCAAUUGCAAGUCGAUUCAGCUGGUCGUCUGUUUUCGUGCGGUGCCGAUGGUUCGAUGAAAGUUCGUCAACUCCCGGAGCGUGAUUGUGUAGUGCACACACUUUAUUAGAACUCAAAGGUAACGUCUAAUUGCAACGCAUUUCUACGUAAUUAAACCCGAACAAUACGAACAACUCGAACUAUACAAAAUCAAAAUGGCCUUUUGGUACAUGUAAUCAGUCGACGAACAAUAAUCACGUAGAAAGUCAAUCAGCCGGCAGCUAAGAACUCCCGUAGUGUAAAUUUUCCAAAGAUGAUUCAGUUAUUCAAAAGAUUCUGAUCAUUCUGUUCGGAUAAAAUCGAGCCUGACGUCUGUUAUUUGCAUGAAAUUUAUACAAGUUAGAAUAACCGAUCACUUCUGCAUUUUUUCAAUUCCCGAAAACUCCAUUGUCCUUCAUUGUCACUAUUGGAAAAUUUUUCGCACAACUCGCUGCUAUUUAUUUUAUUUGUUUAGCUUUUGGUGAAAAAAUUAUGAAUGCGGUAUUCGAUAGUUAGAUUACUUAUUCAAUUUCCCCCAAUACUUGAAAGGUGUUUUAUGGAUCGCAAUUAAAAGCCUUGUCCUAUAAUUUUGCGGGUAGGUAUCUGCUAUAGCACAGAGCGUUGACUGAAUUUGAACCGUGAAAGUUAAAUCACCUGUCAACUUCCUAAGUCAUCAUAUAGUAAUUGAAGCAACCAAUUAUAAUCUGCAAACUGUGAUUGCUUAAGUGGCAAUUUUUUAAUCUGUCACAACCCCUUCAUACAAGACAUACGUAGACUUCGUCCCAUGUUUUUUUUUUUCUCACUCAUCCCGAAACAACUUGCUACCUUUUGACUGUAAAUAAUAAUUGAUAUUGAUAUUCCACACACACAAAACUACCCUCUUAUCCGUAGCCCUAAUUACAAUACGAGUUGAAAUUGACUUCAUACUUUACAAUCUAAAUCAUUAAAAUCAUUCCCUAUGCUUAUAAAAAUGAUAAAUUAAAUGUUCCAAAAACAAAUCGUAAUCGAAUAAUUAAUUAUAGUACACCAUAGUAUUGGAUGGAGAUUUAAAUAUUAAAUUUGUGUGUGAAACUGAGAAUUUUAAACUUAUACAAUGUUGACAGUUGAUCAAUUUCACAUUGCUGGGAACGUAUUGCUGGAUGUGUCGGAUCUUGUGUUGUGCGAAUGUUGAUAGCUCAAUAAGGUGGGUAAGUUUUAUUAUUUAACGUUUGAUCGAAUUCCAAGAGAGCCAACAUAAGAUCGACGAUGACAGCAGCAGUAGUUUAUCGCACUAUUGUCAGAAAUUCUGAGUGGUACGUUACAAGCUGUUGUAACUAUGACACAGCAGUAUUAGCUAGUCCAUUGUAAUUCUAUGACACGUUUUACUUAGAUAGAAAUAUCUUACUCAAGGAGUGUUGUUGAAUUCAAACGUUAUCCUAUUUAUCAUGAAUUCUUUUAUCAUUGGUGCCAUAAAUAUCACCAAGGAAACUGUGCUAACAAACUCAUAUUCAGCAUGCAAAAUCUGAUCUGCUAAUUAUUACCGGAGCCUUAUCGAUUCAAUGAGAUCAUCCAAUGAUUUUUCCCUGUUCAAAGGAAAAUUUUUCUUUCAUCCAAUAUGGGUCGACUCGAGCAAAGAUGGGUUAAAGCACUUACUAGCUUCAAGCUACUAUCUUAAUCUCAGGUAUUGCUCUGUCUUGUAUGAAGUUCUUGUACCUAAUCUGUUAUCUGUUUGUAUUUGCAUUUGGUCGAAGAAAUUUUUCAGUUAUACCAUUCUUCUAUUCUCCAUGUUUUCUAUGGCACUUGUAGCUAUUCUGGUGUAUUUUCUCCCUAUUGGUUUAUCGUGAGAAGUUGUUAUAUACUAUAAAAAAUAAAAAGAAACGACGAAAAAAAAUUAUAAAACGAAAAGAAAAAAAAAUUGUUGAACCUGUACAACUAAUAUAAAUGUGAUUAUACAACAGAAGGGUAUCGUUACUUUAGCACACUCCAACAGCCAUCGCUUUUAAGUAAAAUUUGAUUCCUAUUCGAGGAUUUUAUUCCUCACAAAAACCGCAAGGGUAUCCAUCGUUUUGGCCAAAGAGUUACGUUUUAUUUAAUCGAGUGGAGAAAAUGUGCUAGAGACUAUGCCCUCUGCUUUUUCAUUGGACAUUGAUCAGAGCAGUUGUAAAAUUUGAUGACAAUAUUUCAACGAGAAUUUCAUUUCCACUUACCUGUGUCACUUGUGUAUAAUAUCAUCGACGGAAAGCACUGAUAAUAGUUCUAAUUAUUUAACAUCCCUCGUUCCUCGUGAAAUCUACAUGAACGUAGAUCCCCGUUUUGAAUCGAAUGAUAUUGGAGUUUCAAUAAUUUUACUGAACUUCGAACGAAGAUAACAUACCUGAUCAAAGCCUGAUGAAAUGAAUUCGUUAAACAAAUAUAUUAUAUUACAUAUAUAUGAUAAUUUAAAUACACCGAUGCAUUAUGUAGCAAAUAUGUUUGUGUAUAUAUAUAAAUAUGUGUAGGGAUAGCGUGAACGAUAUUGAUAAUAUAUUGAAAAUAAGCUAUUCAUUAAGCAGGUAAGCAGUUGAACAGAGGAUCGCGGUAGAGAAUCUGCGGUCGAGGCUACAGUAUUGUAUACAUUAUUUAGAUGCACAUCAUUAUAAUAUAUUAUACAUAUACCUAUCAAUAUAAAUGUUGCUUUGGUUUGCUUGGUUAAUAAUCGACCAGUGAUACCUGAUACAACGCCUGAUUCGUUGACGAAGGAACGCGCCUAUUACUGGUGUUGUACACUUGGUCGUAUUAUAAGAAUAUAAUAUGUAAAACGCAACUAUUAAAUGGCGACUCAAAA